AUGAUCAAAUAUUCAAAUUUAAAGCUUGAAAUUUUUAAGAAAACUUUACCACCAGAUCAUUUUGAUAUACAAAAUCUUGAAGAACGAAUUCAAUUCGUAAAAGACAUAUUAGAACCAUCAGUCAAAAGUCUACGAGAACUUGGAAAUGAAACUUUCUAUAAUUCAAAUUUUGAUCAAGCUUUAAUCUAUUAUCAGCAAGCUCUAGAUGAAGAAUUAAAAUCAUCCAAUAGUGAUUAUUCUAAUGUGUUUGGCAUUCAUUUUGAGAUUGCUCAAGUUCACGCCAAAAAAGAUGGUAAUCAUACUUCCGAAGUUAAUUAUCUUCAAAAAUUGAUUGGAACUCAAUACCUUGAUGAUACGCUUCACAGUGCAGUAAUUUAUUCAAAAAUUGCUGAGAUUUAUGGUUGCAAAUUAAAGAAUAGUGAAGAAGAGCUUAAAAACUAUGAAAAAUGUUUGGAAAUACGAACAAAGCUCUUACUAAUUGAUGAUCGAUUAAUAGACGAAAUUGAACGAUCAGUUAAAACUAUGGAAGAGUGGCUAGCUGAAAAAGAAUAA